AUGUAAACUGAUUAUUUUUCUUAAAGAUCAGCUAAGCAUAAUAGUUAGAGUACUAAGAAUCUUGAUUAGUAAUAUAGAGUAACAAAAACAAAUGCAGCAGUUAUAUAUUCAGUUCCUUGUAUGAAUUGUGAGAAUUUGAUACCUAUAAAUGAGAUUGAUUAACAUACAAUGAAAUGUUUAAGUGUUUCAAAGAGUGUGACAGCAGUACUAAAAUCAAAUAGGAUUCUAGAUGAGAUAAAUUUCAAGAUUUCAAAGUUAAGAGAUUCUAUAUAGCAAUUAAAUUCAAAAGAAUAGAAAUAAGAAAAUAGUAAGUACUUAAUAAGAGCAGAUGAAAUGUGUGAAUAAAUAUAGACAAUUUAAAACACAAAUUAAAUUGAAUUGAGAAAAUUGUAAGAUUUAAAUUAAGAAUUACGAACAAUGACAGAAUCUUAUCGUGGUUCAUUAGCUAUAGCAUUAUAUUUAGAAAGAUUGCAUUCUUUAGGAUUGUAAAAAUAAACUUAAUUAGAAAAGGAGAUUCGUACUCCUAGAGUUGAUAUUAAUAAGUUCAAUAACAAUUAAAUGAAUAGUAAAUAAUAAAGCAAUAACAUAAAUAAUAAAUAAAUUAGUAAUAAUUAUAACAGUCAAUCAUAAUCAUCUACUUAUCUUUUUUAAUAGUCUUCAGAAUAAAGUAGAGGUUCUUAAUUACCUUCAGAAUAAAAUAGAAACUCAUAAUUACCACCACCAUCAUCAUAAUUUUAAAAUUCUCCAUAUGGAAGACCUACAAUAAUAACUAAAUUUUCUGGUAGUUAAGAUAGAAAUUAAUUGUAUGAUAUGAAAAGUGAGAUAUUAACUAAGAUAUCAACAUCAUAAUUAGAUGAAAGUGAGGCAAAUUAAAAUGAUAAUGAUUUUAAUAACUCAAAUCAAUAUAAUUAGCAAUAAAGAAUAUUCUAUUCUAAAUGUUUAGCAUAAAAAACUAAAUUACCUAAUACUCAUCCAUCUUAAAAAAUACCUUUAUGUAUUUUACAUAAGGAAAUGAUAUAAAGAAAGAUUCCAAAUUCAUUAUGGGAUAAAUUCAUCAUAGAUGCUUUAAAUAAUCCACAUCAAUAUUUGGAUAUGAACAAAGUAUAGAAUACUUAAGGUUUAAAGAAUUAAUUAAGAUCUAUGACUCAAGAACACUAAUUUAAGUAAAGAAUACAUAACAUUUGA